GGCGAGUCUUAUAGUUCCUUCAGAAUGGGCAGUCUUCCCUCAGAUGCAUCUGGACAACAGCAGCAUCGGGUCAUGGAGAGGUGUCCCUAGUUUUACCAACCCAUGUACGCGGAGGUGUCAGCUGUAGUUUCGGUGGAGAAAGCAACCUUAUCCGUUUUUUGCCAGCGAGAUUGCUGUCCUUAUCCAAGCGCACCGACUCAGACCAUCUGCCCCGCCAGAACCCGCAGGGGGCCGUGAGAGCACCGGGCCAGCGUUGGCUUCGUACGCACCGCAGAGAAGAUGAAUAUCCAGGUUCUGCCAGAACACAAGCUCUCGUCGGUGGCCCCGCUGAAACAGUGCAAUGUGGAGAAAAAAGAGGUAGAACUGAUACUGGUGAAGGACCAGAAUGGCGUCCAGUACACCAGUUCUUCCAUCAUUCCCACCCCUACCCCUGGCCACCGCGCAGGUCCUCCCGGACCCGAGGACGACCGCGAAACUUGGGGCAAGAAAAUAGACUUUCUCCUGUCGGUCAUUGGCUUCGCGGUGGACCUGGCCAACGUUUGGAGAUUCCCUUACUUGUGCUACAAAAAUGGAGGAGGUGCUUUUUUGAUCCCCUACAUUCUUUUCUUGGUCAUUGCGGGGAUGCCAUUGUUCUAUAUGGAACUUGCCUUGGGCCAGUACAACAGGGAAGGGGCAGCUACAGUUUGGAAAAUAUGCCCUGUCUUUAAAGGUGUGGGCUACACAGUGAUCCUCAUUGCCCUGUAUGUUGGCUUCUACUACAAUGUCAUCAUUGCCUGGUCCCUCUACUACCUGUUCUCCUCCAUGACCAGAGAGCUGCCAUGGCUCAAAUGUGGCAACAGCUGGAACAGUCCGAACUGCACCGACCCCAAAUCCAUUAACGGAUCCAUCCUCGGCAAUGGGACAUCUUACGCCAAAUACAAGAUCACCCCUGCAGCAGAGUACUAUGAACGGGGUGUGCUACAUCUCCAUGAGAGUAGGGGUAUCCAGGAUUUGGGCCUACCUCGCUGGGAGCUGACCUUAUGUCUGGUUGUGGUGGUCUUCAUACUCUACUUCAGCCUGUGGAAAGGUGUCAAGUCCUCAGGGAAGGUAGUGUACAUCACAGCUACCAUGCCCUAUGUCGUCCUUUUUGUUUUGCUCAUUCGAGGCAUAACUCUACCAGGGGCCAUGAAGGGCAUCAGGGCCUACCUCCAUAUUGACUUCAAGCGGCUCAACAAUCUAGAGGUGUGGAUUGAUGCUGCCACCCAGAUAUUCUACUCACUAGGAGCAGGAUUUGGGGUGCUCAUUGCAUUUGCCAGUUAUAAUAAAUUUGACAAUAACUGCUACAGGGAUGCUCUCCUGACCAGCACUGUGAACUGUGUCACCAGUUUCUUCUCAGGGUUUGCCAUCUUCUCUGUUCUUGGUUACAUGGCUUACAAACAUGGGGUGGAUAUACAAGAUGUAGCCACAGAAGGGGCAGGAUUGGUGUUUAUCAUCUACCCUGAGGCAAUUUCUACACUACCAGGCUCAACAUUUUGGGCCAUUGUGUUCUUCAUCAUGUUGCUGACUCUGGGCAUUGACAGCUCGAUGGGUGGCAUGGAGGCAGUCAUCACAGGCCUGACAGAUGACUUCAAGAUCCUCAAGAGGAACAGGAAGCUCUUCACCUUCGCCACAGCCUUUGGAACCUUCCUGAUUGCCCUGCUCUGCAUUACUAAUGGUGGCAUCUACGUGCUGACCCUGUUAGAUAAGUAUGCAGCAGGGACUUCUAUACUUUUUGCCGUGUUGAUCGAGGCCAUUGGAGUGUCGUGGUUUUAUGGUGUGGACCGCUUCAGCGAAGACAUUGAGAAAAUGAUGGGCUUUAAGCCAGGACUCUACUGGAGACUAUGCUGGAAAUUUGUCAGCCCAGCUUUUCUGCUGUUUGUGGUGAUAGCCAGUACUGUAACAUCGUCAGGCCUAAAAUAUGACGAGUACGUCUUCCCUCACUGGUCUAACGUAUUGGGCUGGGGUGUGGCCAUGUCCUCCAUGCUGUUUGUUCCCUUCUACGCCAUAUAUAAAUUCUUCAGUGUGUCAGGAACAUUCAAAGAGAGAAUAGCCUACUGCAUCACUCCAGAACAUGAACAUCAUUUGGUUGCUGAAGGAAAUGUACGACAGUUCAAACUCAGACACUGGUUGGCCAUCUGAUGACAAAUACCCAGAAUUCCCUCAUCCAUCCUCACAUCUGGUGUCUGGAGUUCCUGUGUGCCGCCAGUGGUCGGACAGACAAGGAGAGCGACAGGCUCCAACCUCUCAGCAGCCUCCCCUCUUCUCCCUGUGCAUUUACUACCCAAGGCCUUUGUUGUCAACAGGAGCUUCAAGCACUUUGAUUUCAGAGCUAUGCCUGUUACAGUAACAUUUCAAUACCAUUCUAAAGCAUCAGCUCAUAAGGGAGGGGUAUCCCAUGCGGAAAAUGUACGUGUUAUUUGCCUGUGGACUAUUAUUUUAAUUAUCAUAACUUUAGUUAUGAUUUUGUAUAGUUUGUAAUGUGACUAUUAUCUCCUGGAAAGGAAACUAUAAUUAAAACCAAAACAAUCCUAUCUUCCUGUGUAUAACUAUACAGGGCACCCAAAUAUUUCUUUUUUUUAAAAACUUUUUUUAGGCCUAUAAUUAUUUAUUAUUAUGUUGAUAAUGAAAGAAAUUCUCUGCCCUUGCCAUUCUGUUGGCAGAGUUGCUUAUCUGUGUCAGUGCCUUAUCAAGCGAGACACUCCAUGUUUCUUACAGUCCGUACAGGAAGAAAAAAAAAACUGUGUUGACUCAGGAACUGACUAAAUCAAACCACAGUUUGUGGAUGGCAAUCUCUCAAUUUGACCCAGUCCUUUGAUAUUCAAGCCAAAGAGCUGGGGGACAACAGUGCAUCAAGGUCAAGCUCCUUAGCAAAGAGAAAAAAGGCCUGAUAUAAUGCUUUUGUGUCACAUUUUGUUACAGAAAAGGGAAUAAUGCAUGCAUCACUCCAAAGCUGUAAAAGAACAGGCAGGCUUAAUUCACCCCGUAUGCUUUGAAAGGCCAGGCUCACAACCAGGCCUUUAUCUCUAGAGACUAAGGCUGUGCCUGGUCAUUGUCUGCUUACUGAAGGUUCAGCAAAACAAAUGGCAUAACUGUUACAAAAUGUUUUGAAUUAUUAUUGGGUGACUUUUACUUUACAAAUGUUUGUCUGUUCAGUGCUUCUGAGGAAUAUCUGUGGCUUUAGCAAGAGAAAGAGUUAGUGUGAAUGUGUGUGUGUGUGUAUCAGGAUUUUGUUGCCAACCACACAUUAUGCAGUUAAUGUACAGUACAUGGGAGAGUGAAUGCCUCUCUCAUUGCUCUGUAUAUUAACUACUAUGUUAAAUGCAUGAUAACAACUCUUAUUUUCAUUUUAAACAUAUCUUGUGAUGUUCCACUUUUUCAUCACCAUAGAAGUGCCGAUAUGUUCCUUUAGGAAUGUUUUUGAUGAUCUUAUUCUGUUUCUUAUUUAUUGAAAUAGAGUUUAAUUUUAACUUUGAAUCAUAACAGACCCUUGCUGAAAGGAAUAAAGCCACAAAGAAAAAAAACAAAUAUAUGUGGAAUAUAAGAAGAUAUAAAAAUAUAUAAAUAUAUUCUUUUGUUAUAUCUAAUCUUGUAUUUAUCAAAUUGUUUAUAACAAAACGUGAAUGUAAAGUAUUUUAAACGUAAACGUCCACAGUCAUAACAUGGUGUUCGAUGUAUAGCUAAGAUAAAAUAUUUAGAAAAAAUAUUCUUCAGUGUAACCUGGGCUACUUUGUCACAUAUGAAUGUGAACAAAUACACCCUGACUUUCCUGGACUAUGUUUACAAAAAUACUGUGUACAAUACCAAUGUCCUGUUAAACGUGAGUGACAACUAUCUAUGAAGAAGUCUGAAGUAUAUACACUGUGAUAAUAAA